AUUUCAGAUAAGAACGAGGGAGAAGAGAGACGCGAGGACAAUUCCAGCGCAAUUUCAGAUAAGAAAGACGAAGAGAGAGAAAGGAGGACGGGAUCCGCACGGCGUCCGGCGGCGGAGGGAAGGAGGGGAAUUGGCGGCAGCAGAGGGCGGCGGGACCCAAGCUUUCAAGGGCAUCUAGGGUUGAAAAAUGAGGGCUCGAAAUUAGGAACAUGGCGUUGUUAGCACACCAGACGCAGGGUUCUUAUUUAACAUAUUCCUUGAGGCCUAAAGAAUUGAUCCAUGGAGUGAGGUGGAGCACUUGUGCUGCAUUUCAGUUCAUUGGAAGGAAAGAUGAGUUUAUACCGUUGAAGCAUCGGUUUCAUUUCAGAGGCCGGCCCGUUAUUUUACAAAAGGGGAGAGCUUUCAAAGUCUCAUAUUUUAAAGGCAAUGCCCAGAAUGAUGAACCAGAAGCCAGAGACAGUUGCUCAACAUUUCCCAAGGCACCAGUUCAGCUCUCCACACAAGAAGAUAGUGAAGAAAUUUUGUCUGAUUCUCAUAAUGUACAGAAGCAUCCAUUAUCUUAUGCACCUGAAGGCAGAGAAGACACUAGAGCUGGAUCUCUUGCAAUACAAAAACUUUUCAGAAAGUGGUUGAUCAUGUUGCGCACACAGACAUCUAGUCAGGGAAUGGAUGAAAAUAUCUGGGAAGAACAUGCUGAGGGUGUAACUUCUGAAGGUCAACAAGUGACUGUGAGAAUGAAGGCAGGGAUAAUGCUGAAGGCUGCACUUGUGUACUUUUUGGGACUUGAUGCAGCAAUAUCCAUCCCACUAUUGAUAUUCAUACCAUGGUACCUAACUGUCAAACUGGUGUAUGGAGUUGAAGUCACCAAGGAGUUGACACCUUUAUGGGUUCUUGGGCCUCUGAUCGUCGCCCUCUAUAUAAAAAUCAUUGAAGGGCUCUGCUCACUGUAUCUUUUCCUCUUCAUGCAAGCUGUUAGAUUGGUAAAGAACCUACCAACGUACUCUUUGUUGGUCCAUAAUUACAUAAAUGAGGGAAAGCUCAAAGCAGUUCUCUGGGCCCUUUUCUGGAAGCCUUUAAUAAACAUCAAAAACUUAGAUUACAGAGCUCUUUUCAGAGGCAAAGUCAAACAACUUGAAGAGUGGGCGGUUGAGAAAUAUCUCGAUUAUAUUGAAUCAAUAUGGCCAUAUUAUUGCAGAACUAUCCGAUUUUUGAAGAAAGCACAUCUCAUUUAGCUGUGGUUAUCAAAGAUCACAGCUAUUGUAAUCAUCUCUCUUAUGUGUUUGCAGAAACGGCCAUUAAGAUUUGGAAUAACUGCUGAUUUUUUAGAGGUUUUUGCUAGAAAGGUAGCGAUGCGGAAUUGGAAAUUUCUGGUAUUCUUUAUUAAACAAGGUUCUUCUCCUUGAGAAAGCGAGAUUAUGAUUGGAUAUGUGAUUUUCAGGUAUCUGUACCAUUUAUGGACGUUAUUUGAUAUAUUCUGUAAUUGUUAAUUUUUUUCAUUUUACCCCCUUGGCAGAUUUGACAUAAUGAAAUUAAAACAUGACGAUACCAUUUGAUGACCUGACCUUUACUA